AUGUCUUUAGAGUCUCCUUCUAUAGAGCCAAAUAAGGCUAUUCAACUAGCCAUCGAUGAGCUCAAAUCUCAGUUUGAGCUACCCUUCGAAACUCUCCAACAUAUUGUCAGUAAUAUGCGCAAGGAGAUGUCAAAUGGAUUAAAGAGCGAUAAUACCAACAUUGCCAUGCUGCCCUCCUGGAUCACUCGUCACCCUACCGGCCAAGAAUCUGGAGAAUAUCUUGGCUUAGAGCUCAAUGCUACAUAUGUCCGAGUUUAUCUUGUUAAUCUGCAUGGCCAAGGGCAGAUCACUACUCGCCAGCAAAAAUAUUUUCUCGAAGAAAGCCUGAAGAGAGGUUCUAUCAAUAAUAUGAUCGAUUUUCUUGCCACCUCCGUCGACCAUUUUCUUACGUUUAUAGGAAAGUGUCGCAUAACCGAACCAAUUGCGCUUGGAUUUGUCUUGUCUUUCCCACUCCACCAUUCUGCUCUUAAUAAAGCGCACGUGAUCCAGUGGACAAAAGACUUUGAGAUAACCGGAGCAGACGGAAAGAACAUAGCUGAACUCCUUCAGACAGGCUUUCGUCGUCGGCAUAUUCCAGUAUCAGUCAAGGCAGUAAUCAAUGGGUCUGUGGGCUGUCUAUUGGCUCACAGCUACCGUAGUUUAGAUACACUACUUUCUUGUACUAUCAGUACUGGUACAAAUGCAGCCUAUUGGGAAAAGGUCAAGAAUGUUGUGAAAUGCAAGGGCGCAGAUGAAAACGACGACAUGAUUGUAAACACUGAAUGGGGAUCCUUUGGAGAUAGAAACCCAGACUACCUUCCUCGAACAUACUAUGACAACCACGUUAAUCGACGUUCAGUAAAUCCUGGUGUUCAUACUUAUGAAAAGAUGGUGUCUGGACUGUAUCUAGGUGAAAUUGCGCGAAAUAUUAUGAUGGACUUUGUCGAUCGUCGUCUAUUGUUCAAUAGUCAAUACACCCAAGAAAUGAAUUCUCAUUACGGGUUCGAGACUUCUUAUAUGAGUGCCAUCACAGCCGACAAAACCAUAAACUUGGAAGAGACAAAACAUAUUCUGGAGUCGAUUAUGAAUGUCCCUUGCACUACAUUGUGUGACCGUCAGCUUGUCAAGUUAAUUUGUGAUUUAGUUGCACAGCGGGCUGCUCGCCUGGUAGCAUCUGGGAUCAGUGCUAUUAUUAAUUCUAGUCAAGAAGUUGAACGCGGUCUCACUAUCAGUGUUGAAGGUACUGUUUACGAAGAAUUUCCGGAAUUUCCUCGUAUGGUCAAUGAAGCCUUGCGCGAGUUCUAUGGUUCCAAUGCAGACUAUAUUAACAUAGGCAUAACACGCGAUGGUAAUGGUAUAGGCGCUGCAUUGGCAGCCAUGAUCGGAAGCACAUAA